AUGUCUGAAGAAGAUAAUGAUGUGACUAUAAUCCAUGUCAAACAGGAAGAUGAGGUGCAGAGGAAGCGUCCAAAAAAGGUCCAGAUACCGCAUCGCACCUUAUCUGUAACUGUUGAGAAACCAAAAAUUAUAGUAAUGACUGCCGGUCAAAAACCAAAACCAGUUCGCCUGAACAGAUGUCUAGUCUCCCCACCUACCCUCUACGAGUUAGCUGCUGCAGUAGUGGAUAAAUUGGAUUACCCAGAUCCUUUCGAGUGGUCGAAGUUCGAAGUAGCUCAAUGGAUUGAUGAGGACGUCGGCUUUCCACAGUAUAAGAAUGGAAUGGAAAGAGGAAGUAAAAUUUAUUAUUACAGCGGCAAUAAGGAAAGUAUUUGCAACCGACUUUGUACGAUUCAAGCGGAGUAUCAACCUGCCAAUAAGGAAGCCUGCAACACACUGCACUUGGUUCAAAUCCCUGACUGGACCAAGUUGGGGGAUCCGACAGAAUUAUACCAGGAGCGAUGUACUUCGCUGGAUGAAGAUUCUCAAUCCGAAACCGAUGAAUUUGGACCAUUGGGAUUUAGUUUGAUAAAAAUUUUCGUAGGUAUCAAAAACCGGAUUGUCCCAAAUACAUGUACGCGAGAAUACCUGCACGGGAAAAAGAUGAAACGCAAGUCAACCCUACCUUCGAACCGCCUGAGGAGUAUUGCAAUGAGUAUCAGGUCAGCAAACGAGCUGACGUAUUACCUGAUGGCACCCAGAAAAUUCCGUAUCCUCAAAAAUAUUCCCGAUGAAGCUCAGCUCAUCUGGAUGGAACAUCGUCCAGGAUCUCCAUCCAGAAAGGAACCGAAGAAGAAGAAAGAAGGAGGGAUUCAGAAGACGAAAGACGGGAAGAAGUCUGUGCCUAAAAGGGAUUCUCGCCUAAUGCCAAAGAGAAUAGUUCUGGAAGGACUCAGCGGAAAAGAACUGAUUUUAGCCAGACGAAAGAAGCCAAAGGCGAAAUUUUUAGCUUAA